AUGGUGUCCUACUCGCUACAAGUUCCGAGCGAAUAUGGCUAUGUCCUCCUCGUUGCCGUCUCUUCGGUCUUCAUCAACACGUUGCACACCGUUAUAACGGCCAACGCGCGUCGGAAGAGUGGGCUGGCUUACCCAAUCGCCUACGCGAGCCAGGAGCAAGCAGAGAAGAACCCCAAGGCGUACGCCUUUAACUGCGCACAGCGCGCCCAUGCCAAUUAUACGGACAACCUUGCACCUUUCCUGGGGGGCCUUCUUGUCUCUGGCCUCAGCUACCCCGUCUCGAGCGCGGCGCUAGGCGCCGCUUGGGUCGUGGGGCGCAUUUGGUACGCUGCUGGUUACGCGGCGGCCGGCCCGCAAGGCAGGGUUAAAGGCUUUUUUUUGAGCACCAUUGCUGAUGCUGCCUUGAAAAUCAUGGCCGUCGUCGCCGGCGUCAAGAUGCUGCCAAACGUAUAA